AAAUCAAUUUAUAAAAAAAAAAAAAUUUUUUUCUUCUUAAUUAUGACGUCAUUUAAUGAUUGGAUUGAUAAGAAAAUAAAAAAUGGAGACAUAGAUUAUAUUGAAUAUAGAGAGUUCAAUAAUGUGAAAAAAGUUGGAAGAGGAGGAUUUGGACUUGUAGAAAGCGCUGAUUGGAAAAGUUGUGGAAUUAAAAUAGCAUUAAAGUCUCUUCUAGAUAAUUCUUCGGUUGAUGAAAAUAGUAUGAACGAGUUUGUUAAAGAGCUAAAGAAUUUGAAGAAAGUUAGCUUUCAUCCAAACAUAAUUACUUUUUUUGGAAUUUCAAAAGAACCUUUAUCAGAAAAGUAUGCAAUGGUAUUAGAUUUUGCUAAUCAAGGAAAUUUAAGAGAAUAUUUAGCAAUUCAUUUUAAUGAUCUUGAAUGGAGUGAUAAGAUUCAGAUGGCCUCGGAUAUUGUAUGUGGAUUGAAAUGUUUACAUUUCAAACACAUAAUUCAUAGAGACUUGCAUGCGAAAAACAUAUUAGUUAAUAAUAAUAGACUAAUGAUCGCUGACUUCGGAGCAUCUAAGCAAUUAUCAGAAGCUAAUUCAACAAAUUCAACAAAUUCAACAGCCGAUGGAAUAGGAAUGAUUGAAUAUAUGGAACCACAACGCUUUGUGUUUAUCAAUCAUAAAAAAACUAAAAAGUCCGAUAUUUAUGGUUUAGGUGUUUUAUUAUGGGAAAUUUCAAGCGGACGUUCUCCUUUUCAUGGAAUCCCUCGACCGUUAUUAUGUACUCAUAUUUAUCAUAAUAAUCUUAGAGAAACCCCAAUUGAAGGUACACCUUUGAAAUAUCAACAACUUUACCAAAAAUGUUGGGAGAAUGAUCCGAAUUUAAGACCAGAUAUUGAAGAAGUGUAUGAUAUUUUAAUUAAAUUAAAGAGUGAUUAUUUCCCUGAUCUACCAUCGAUACUUUUAGAAUCAGAAUCUGAUUCACAAUCAAGUUUUAAUGGAAUCGAUAGUAAUCAAUCAAAACUAAUGAUACCUAGAUCUUCUGAUAAUACUAUUGAAGCAGCAGGAAAUGAAGGGUUUAGGAAUUUGUUAAUAGUUGGAUAUGCUAGUAGUGGUAAAUCCACAUUAUCUAAUGUAUUAUGUGCUACUGAUGAAUUUGAGGAAAGUGAAUGUUCGGCAAGGAAUAUUAGAAAUUUCCAGAAAAACAUUUUUAAGUGGAACGGGACAACGUAUCGUUUGAUUGAUAUCGGAUUUAGUUCAAUUAAAAAAAUUUUGUGUAACAAAACGGAAAUAUUACAAUUAAUACCGGAAGGGAUAAGUCAAGUUUUACUUGUAGUUGACGGAAGAUUCAAGGAAAAAGAAAUAGAAGCGUUCGAGUUUUUUGAAAAAACAAUUUUAGAAAGCGGGAUUAUUGGAUAUACUACCAUUGUGAGAACUAAAUUUUGUAACUUUAAAAAUAAAAAUAAAUGCGAGGAAGAUAAAAAACAAAUGUGUGAAGAAAGCAAAACUAUUGCUAAAAUGGUUGAAUCAUGUAGUAUCAUACAUGUUGACAACCCUCCGACGAAUAUCAUCGUUAAUGAUAAUGAUGAUCAAGAAAGAAUUAAUUAUAAUAGAAAAACGAGAGAAAGAUCAAGAACACUACUAUUAAGCCACUUGGAGUUUGUAUGUCAAAAUAAAUACUAUGAAUAUAAUAACGUAAUUAAAUAUUCUCAAUUAGUAAUUGAUCUAAUCCCUUUUCUAGAGAAAAAAGGAAAAGAGAUGAGUUAGUAUAUUCAAUUUUAUUAAUUUUAUAUAAUUAAUAUUAAAAUGAUGUUCUUAUUUAAUGAUCUAUUAUAAUAAUUAGCAACUCCUAUACCUGAUGAACUGGAAGAAAAAAAAAUUAGAAAUUUGUUAGUGGUUGGUUAUUCUGGAAGUGGUAAAUCCACAUUAACCAAUGUACUAAAUGAUACUGGUCAUCUAGAGGGAAACAAGCAAAUUAGGAAAACUAAAAAUUUCCAGAAACGAGUUUUUAAACGUAACGAAACGGAAUAUCGUAUAGUUGAUACCAUUGGAAUCGGAGACAUUAAUUUGACUAAAAAGCAAGUUAUAUGUGAAAAAAUAGCAGAAGUGUUCUAUUUGUUACCGGAAGGGAUAAG